GGCCUACAACCCCCACCUCCCUGGCAGAGAUCCCCUCAGGGUGUUUGGCCAGAAAUCUUAGUCGGGAUAAUUGCUAAGGAAUCUCUUUUGGAAAGGCCCAGACCUUCAAAGUAAACCUUGUGGUUUGUUUUAUAAAAGAAUUGUGGUCAAAGGCAGCUUCAGUCAGGACUGCAGGAGAAAGAGAAGGAACGAAGGAACUGAGAAACUGAGCAGGGAAAAGACAUUUUAUUUAAGAGAAAGAACGGAAUUCGGUGCUUUUGUUCUUUUUAAAUACUGUAACAGGAAGCUUUCUCCCCCCAGUUUUCUUGCCUGAUGGAUCUCCCAGUGCGAAUCUCAGUAACAUUGCUCAGUCUGUUGCUGUUCAGUCUACAAGUAACAGUGCAGAGUUCAAUCGAUGCCUGCUGUUCCAAUGGAUUGAAGUGGGCCACUGAGAAAGCAGAAUGUGCUUCUUUGCCCGAUGCACUAGAAGAAGCAUUUUGCAGAAUAGCACAGGAACAAUGUUGUCGGGUAAAGCUGGAGGAGAUCCACUGCACAAAUGGUAUAAACAUGGCCAGAGAAAACAAAGAAUGUGAGGCACAUGGCACUGAUAUAGGCAAAUGCAACGCUGUAAAGAAAUGCUGUCAGUGCUGUCUUCUUGGUAAAGGAGCUAAAGAUAAUGGACUCAGUUGUGAAGCAAAUCAAGCACUCGGAUACCAGUGUGGACAGGUUUACAGAGCAUGCUGUGUAGGAGAACAAGAAGGCAUCAGUCUUCCAGCCAUAGGCAACAACACAGAAGAAUAUUCAAUCCCAAACAGGCACAACCACGAGACAGGUAGUACUGAAAUCAGAAAGCCACCAUCAGAGUUGGAAGAUCCAUUCCUGAAUGAUCGAUGCAGAGGAGGUGGACCCUGCCAACAGCGGUGCACUGACACAGGUACCGGCGUUGACUGCUCUUGCUAUCCUGGCUACAAGCUGAAGGAUGACAACUUGACUUGUGAAGAUGUCAAUGAAUGCCUGUUACUGAUGCAUCAGUGCCAAACAGGACAACGCUGCAUCAACACUGCUGGAUCCUACCGAUGUCAGCGUGAGAUAAGCUGUGGCACAGGCUAUGAACUGACUGAAAGCAACCAGUGCAAAGAUAUCAAUGAAUGUAAGUUGGAAACACAUAACUGUGGAUUCAACUUUACCUGUCAGAACACAGAAGGGUCAUUUCGCUGCCGGCCGAAAAUGCAAUGUGGAUCCGGAUUCCUGCAGGAUGCUCUGGGCAACUGCAUUGACAUUAAUGAGUGUACCAACACUGCUCUGCCCUGCCAACCAGGCUACACCUGUAUCAAUAAUAUUGGGUCAUACAGCUGUAAGCGCAACUUUGUUAAUUGUGGCCGAGGUUAUCGCCACUCUGUGGAUGGAUCACAUUGCGUGGACAUUGACGAAUGUGCAGAUUCUCAAAAUCCUUGUGGCGAAGGACAUUUCUGUAUGAAUUUUCCAGGCAGUUUUCGCUGUGAGUGUAAGAUUGGAUACUACUUCGACAGCAUUUCCAGGACAUGCACUGAUGAAAAUGAAUGCAGGCGUUACCCUGGGCGCCUGUGUGCCCACAAUUGUGAGAACACUCCAGGUUCCUACUAUUGCAGCUGCAGCAAAGGCUUUAAACUCUCACUUGAUGGGAGAAACUGUGAAGAUGUGAAUGAGUGUGAGGGCAAUCCCUGCAGUCAAGAAUGCGCUAAUGUUUAUGGCUCAUAUCAAUGUUACUGCCGCCGUGGUUACCAGCUCAGUGAUGCAGAUGGGAUAACAUGCGAAGACAUUGAUGAAUGUGCUUUACCUGCUGGAGGCAACAUUUGUUCGUAUCGCUGUGUCAAUGUUCCUGGCAGCUUCCAGUGUGCAUGUCCAGUAGCUGGCUAUACUCUUGCACCCAAUGGGCGCAACUGCCAAGAUAUCGACGAAUGUAUCACAGGGAGGCAUAACUGCUCUGGCAUCGAGACUUGCUUCAAUGUCCAGGGCAGCUUCCGUUGCCUGACCUUUGAGUGCCCAGAAAACUAUCGAAGGUCUGGAGAUGCGUUGAGAAUAGAUAGUACAGAGACUGUUCGAUGCAUAAAGUCCUGCCGCCCAGGUGAUACAAGCUGCAUACUAGACCAUGUUAAUACAGUGUCCUACACUGUAAUUUCUCUGCCGACCUACAGGGAAUUCCUUGGACCAAUAGAGAUCAUAUUCCUCCGAGCAGCAUCUCCAGCUUUUCCCAGUAUCCAGCCAGAGAUUGUGUUCCGCAUCACUGAAGGAAACAUACGUAACUCCUUUGACAUUAUCAAACGAUAUGAAAAUGCCAUUACAAUCGGUGUCGUUCGAAUGGUGAAACCAAUUAUUGGACCAUUCACUUCCACCUUAAAGCUGGAAAUGGAUUACUAUUUGACAGGGCAACUGUCUCAUCGCAACAUUGUGUAUGUUACCAUCUACAUCUCGGAAUACUGGUUCUAGGGGCUUUCUUCAUGUAAAGGUAACCUAUAGCAAACACAACUGGCCACAGCUGUUAACCACUGAAUAAUACAGGAAAAACUCUUCUGUACUUCACUUAUGCUCCCUAAACACCAGCACCAGUAUGAUUAGAAUGCUUAAAGCAGUGCUGCAUGUUUACCAAAGAACUACGUUUCCUCUCAAAUUUAUAUUUCAAAUAAAACAUUUUAAAAUGAAUUCACUUCAUUACAUUAAUAUUUUUCAAGUAGACUUAUAACUAGUUCAAUUACAUUUCAGUGUGGAAUAAGCCAAGGAGACCAUCAAAAACAUACAGUCUUGACACCUGAAGUGUGCAGUCAGCUGAGCAAUGACACAUUAAUUUCUUCAUUAACACGAUAUAAUGUUUUUGUGAUACAGUGAGCUAUUUGAAUAUGAAUUGAUUUGAGCGUUUGUCAAAUAAGCCAAAUGGUAGGUUAAAGACUCUCUCCAUUUAAUAGUUUGCACAGCUCUGAAACAGUUUGAGUUAUUCCACGUCAGUUCAACGAAAUAACUUGUAGUGUUAAAAAGGCUGGUGAGCAAUAUUCACUGUCUCUACAAGCUCCAAAUACCUCAAAAACAAUUGCAGUGUUCCUAAUGUGUCAAUAGUUUCAAAACACAUGGGGUUGGAAUUUCCUGUUGGGACAUAAUUGGGAAGUUACACCCAAAAUUAUGCACAUUCAUGCACCCAUUUUACCAAUGGCUAUUUAGACUCAAAUUUACUGCCGAUCUCAAUAAUAAACACAGGAACUUAAAAAUGGCCAUGAACAAAAAUAAAUCAACAUAGAAAUCAGGGACUGCAGAAUGUACCGUUGCAUUAUCUAUUCUAGUAUGAAAAUUAAAGAUUCAAGUCCUCUAACAAGACUAACAUCUACACUUAUGAAGAUCGUGCAAUUGUGGAAGCUUUUCGGUUUUAAUUGUUUUAUACUGAUACCAUAAAAUGCAUCCAAAGACUUAGAAAAUAGAGUGCAGGUCUCUGUAAGGACAAAUCACUUUGAAAGAUCACUUUGAAAAUUACAAUAAAACACAAGGAAAAUAAUUUUGUUCCCUGCUGUGGCUAAAGUUCUGGGAUUAAUUUUAAACUCAUUUUGAACAGCGAAAUUGCACGAUAUUCACUUGAAAGGCUCUAUAGUCUAGGGUGUAACCAUUAUAAUGUUUCAAGAUGCAUUUGGGCACAGGGAUCGUCAGAAGGGUAUAAAGCAGUGAGGAAGUUUGCGUGUACCCAGAUUUCCUUGAUCUUUUAUAUUAAGCAUUGGCUUAAUGGCCCAAUUCCAUGUUUUUCUGGGUACAAGUACACAGAAAAUUCCACACCAUGUUGUUUGCCACUGUAUUAAAAACAGUAGCAAUUGCAUCUGCAUUUGGACUAUCAUGUAUACAAUUGGGUGCAAACUCUCACCAUAAGCAAAACAUAUGCAACUGUUUGAUUUUCAAUGACUCUGAUACUAUGGUCCAAGACUGGUGAGAUAUUUCCAGCACUUGAUCAAUCCUACCAGUUAUAGUAGUCAGCCUCUGAAGUCAAAUACUCCAUAAAACUGCCUGUGCUAUUCUUAUAAUAUAUUAUAUGUCAAUAGCACACAUCUUCUCAUGUAUCAAUCUUAUUUUAUAAAGCACCACAGCGUGUUUAUCUCCAAGUUAGGUUGGACAAAAAAAGGUUUCUGAGGUUCUAUAUGUUAACCCAUUCAAUGUUCAGAUACAGACCAAGAUGUUGUAUAAAGGAAAUAACCACUGCUGGAAAAGGUUGGAGUUCCCAGGUAACCUUGUUUGACCAUCCUCAGACUUUGACUCAACCCCAGUGGAUAAUGAAUGUGCAGAUUUGCAAAAAAAUUAUUGAUGUGUUACUGGAAAUGGAAGACUUGGUGUAAAUCUUGCAGUGAACCUGCUGUAGUUAGGGUGACUGAGUCCUUGUGUGAUAUGAUAUUACAGGUUGCCUGGAGGUGUUAGGCAACUGACAGUAUAAACCAACUUGCUCAUUCCUUAAAAAGAAAGGGUCUGCUGUUUAUGUACAAAAAAUAAACUACUUUUAAUCAAAA